UAGAAGAAAUGAACUCGUAAAUCAAAGCACUACUGUAUAAUUACUUCAAAGCUCCUCAAUUUCCCAGUCCCUAAUGUAAAUCAAAGUGGAGUGGGCUGGAUUUGGGAAGAACCUCCGAGUCGAAUCUGGGCCGGGUCCGUUCAAUGUGCUGCGUGUUUGGGAUUGUUGUGAUGGGAGGAGGCGGCCAUCUUGAUCCGCAGCAAAGGGGAGGACGGCGACUCACUGGAUCAGGAACACAGGAGCGGUCGAGCUAAAAUGUUAUUAUCCCAAAUAUGUUAGCCGCCGUUUAAAGGACUAUGCUCUUUAAACGUUUAUUUUCAUUGGUAGUUCCGGUUUGAUGAGGGAACCCUUAAAAAUGGACCAACAUGGAAGCGGGCGUUUAACAGGCUAAAUCCCCGGACGAGGUUGGACAACUACAGCCGAAGCGGCUCCCCCUUUCCUCCCGUAUAUGGUUUACAUUUCUGGAUAAAGGAGUGACUAUGAAUGGAGGAUAAAUGUUGCCGAAGGCGGACAGCAGCAGUUUCGUGCUCUUCUCUCUGCUCUUUGUCCUCACGUUGACGGACCCGCCAAGGCCGGGUGCCCGGCUAGCUUUGGCAAGAUUAUUGUCAGAGCAGCGCUGCAGCCCCGGGCAGUUUGCCUGCCGCAGCGGGAAGAUGCAGUGCAUCCCCAUAUCGUGGCAGUGCGACGGCUGGACGGCGUGUGAGGACCAGAGCGACGAGAUGGACUGUCCCCCUAUAAAAGAAGAACGCUUCCGUUUCGGCCAAGGUUACGAUCAGGUGGAGGAUGUCAUCGGCGUGGCUCAGCCUGUGCGCUUCAACAAGAAAUGCCCGAGCGGGUGGCACCACUACGAGAAGACGGCCAGCUGCUACAAGGUGUACCUGCGCCGCGAGAACUACUGGGAUGCUGCCGACACGUGCCAGAAAGUAGACGGAUCGCUGGCCACCUUCGUCACCGACGAGGAGCUCCAAUUCAUCCUGAAGAUCGAGGUGGACUUUGACAAGCAAGUGUGCGAGCUCAGAGACCAGUGCAAGUUCUGGGUGGGCUACCAGUAUGUGAUCACCAACCAGAACCACUCUGUGGAGGGACAUUGGGAGGUCGUUUAUAACGGUCCCGUGCAGGUGUUCCUGCCGCCCGACGGCCUCCCCAACCUAGGCGAGGCUAACCAGGACACGGUUUUCUGCGCGCAGCUGCAGCGUUUCCAGCUCAAGAGCAUGAACGAGCGCGGCCUGCACAGCUGGCACGCCGAGAACUGUGGCGAGAAGUUCCCUUUCCUUUGCAAACGUAAGCAAACGUGCGUGGACAUCAAGGACAACGUGGUGGGCGAGGGCUACUAUUUCACUCCCAAAGGCGACGACCCGUGCCUGAGCUGCACGUGUCACGACGGCGAGCCCGAGAUGUGUGUGGCGGCGCUGUGCGAGAGGCCGCAGGGGUGUCAGCACUUCCGCAAGGACCCCAAGGAGUGCUGCAAGUUCACGUGCCUGGAUCCGGACGGAAACAGCCUGUUCGACUCCAUGGCUAGCGGCAUGCGUCUGAUCGUCAGCUGCAUCUCGUCCUUCCUCAUCCUGUCUCUGCUGCUCUUCAUGGUGCACCGGCUACGGCAGCGACGGCGGGAGCGCAUCGAAACGCUCAUCGGGGGAAACCUGCAUCACUUCAACCUGGGCAGACGCGUCCCGGGCUUCGACUACGGGCCGGACGCCUUCGGCACGGGCCUGACCCCGCUGCAUCUGUCGGACGACGGCGAGGGAGGCGCUUUCCACUUCCAGGAGCCCCCUCCGCCCUACGCCGCCUACAAGUACCCCGACAUCCAGCACCCCGACGACCCCCCGCCUCCCUACGAGGCCUCCAUCAACCCCGACAGCCUCCUCUACGUGGACCUCAGACACGGCGGGGUGCCGGUGAUUCCGCCCGUACCGCCGACGGACGUGCUCCGGCGAGCCCCGGGCGCCCCCGCCGGCCAAGUCCGAGAGGACUCCGUGGACAGCGGCACCCUCCUGGUAGGACCCGACACCCCCGUGGACGCCGAGGACGACUCGGCGCCGCCCGUCGACGCCUCGCCGUCGUCCCUCAGCACCGCCGUUUAGGACGGACGGACGGACGGACAAACAGGCAGGACUGUUUUGUGUAUAAAGAAGACUAAUUUAAGGCUGCCUUUUUACUGACGCGAUGGGUCCGCAGACCCUUUCGAGCCCCGCCCCCCUUCCCUCCCGGAUGUAAAUAAACCCCCGAGCUAACUCCAUCUCGAUGCUGUACUUUUUUCACUCGACGUGUCCUUUUCUUUGAGUUUUGACGGAUGAAUGGUCGAUGGAGACGAAACCUGAACAAUUAAAAAGGAAAUAUUGGACACGCCUCCCCUUCCCAUAACAGCCUCCGUCCUCCAGGUGGAGGUCGACAAUCAUCUCUUUUUCAUCAUAUACGCUGAAAUGCCCCCAACCCUGAUAAAAUACAACUUUAUAAUGGUGAAAUCAUCUUUUUAUGGUGAGUAAAUCUAGUCGCAUCAAAUUGAUUUUUUGUGGGGGCGUGACAGGCUUUUUUUUUUUUCACUGUAAAAUUACAUUUACAUGUAAAGUGGUAACUCAUUUUCACAGAUUAAACCCCCCCCCCAUAAAAUUACAGCUCCAUAUCUGUAAGCGUAUUGCUGCCACUCAAAAAAAACAUAGUAUCAUGCAAAAACGAGAAACUAUCACAUAUAAACGGGAUAGUUGUAAAAAUGUAAUUGUGUAAACGUGAUUCUAUCAUGUCAAAAUGAUCAUUGGAUUGUAAAAAUGAGAAAAUUAUACUCAUGUUAAAAUGGAUAAUUAUGUAACAACGGGAUAAUUAUGUAAAAAUGUGAUAAUGUAAAAACUUGCUAAUUAUAACAUUUUUACAUUAUAGUUAACUGAAACGUGAUACUAUCAUGUCAAAACGUGACAACUCAUGUAAAAAUGUGAUAAUUAUCAUGUAAAAGUGUGAUAAUUGUUAAAGUUGGAUAAUUAAAACGUAAAAAUGUGAUCAUUAUCUGAAACAUGAUUCAACUAAAAAUGUAAUUAUAAUGUUAAAAAAAUGUGAUGAUUAUGUAAAAAUGUGACAAUUUUCAUGUAAACACAACUGUGGUAAAACAUGCUAAUUACCAAAUUUGUACCUUAUAAUUAUCUGUAAACCUUAUACAACCACGCUGAGGUAAAAUGUGAAACUCAUGUAAAAAUGCGAUAAUUAUAAUGCAAAAAUGUCACAGUUAUGUGAAAACUGGAUAACUCGUGCAAAAAUGUGAUAAAUUAUUUUAAAAUCUGAUACAAUCAUCUAAAAACAUGAUAAUUGUAAUGUAAAAAAUGUGCUACUGUGCUUUUUUUGUUUCAGGCAGCAAUACACUUCACUUGUAAAAUGACCAAAUUUACCCGCAAAAUUGUUUUCAUAUUACGAAUUUUUGGGGAGUUGAUCCCCACCCCUUUUUUUUGUUUGUUUUGAUGGCCACCGCGUAAAAGGAUUUUAAAGUACCAUUUCCCCCAGAAUCUUAGCGAUCCUUAAAUUUGACAGCUUGUUUCACGUCAAAAUCUUGUUUUCACAUGUAAUGAUCAUGUUGCAACUUCUGAAUUGACUUGCUUUACAACUAAUGAUUAGUUGCAAUCUGAGUAUGAAUUAUUCUUCUUUUUUGGUUAGUUUUUAUGGACAAUCAUCUCCUUGUCAUCCAUUUUGGGUGAUGUGCAUUUUUCCACCAGUUUGUUUAGGGUCAUGACAAUCCCUUAGUGGAGCGCAUGUGUAUUUUCUUUCUUUAUUGACCUGCAGUGCAUGUUUUUUUUGUUGUUUUGGGUGGGGGUAUUGUUAUUUUUGAAAUAUUAUUUUGUCUUCUCAACAGAGCUACAGGCGUGAAGGGGCACUGCUAAAAAAAAAAAGGUAUCUUGCACACAGAAAAUCUGUAUUUGUGGGUUUUAAUAUCGUUUCCCCUCAACAACUUGGAUGUCCAAAGUGUACACGACUUGAUUUAUGGAAGCAAACUCUGUAUCUGUCGUGUGUUGCUAGAUAAUUGUGCAUGCAUGUGGUAUAGUUUGAUAUAUUUAAUUUUAUUUUUUCCAACAUCCUGGUUUUUCUGGAUGUAAGCAGUUCUGCCCCCCUCAAUUCUAGUUUGGACUGAUAUGACUUUUUUUUUUAAUGUGGUAGCCUUGAAGCGAUGCUCUUGUUUGUUUAGGAGGCUAUUGUGUUUUUUCUCAACUAGAUGUACUGUACGUCUAAAAGCCAAAUAAAUGACACAGCGUGCAGGUUGA